CGGAAGUCAAAUACAUUAGAUUAUGUUGAAACUUCCGGUGAAAUAUAAUUUCAGAAUUUUUAUACUUUUUGAUGAGAUGUGAGAUUAAAGUAAUAAUAGUUGAUGAUGGCAGAGGCAACUACGUCAGUAUCGAGUACCACACAAGUUGUUGAAGCAGAGAGAAGAAGUCCGACGUUGCAACUAAAAUUACGUAAACCAAAGAAUGAUAAAAAGGUGAAAUGGACAAAUGAAACAGUGGACAACGAACACUUGAAUAAAAAGAAGUCAAAAUGUUGUUGUAUAUAUGAGAAACCAAGAAUGUUUGGAGAGUCUUCAGAUGAGGACGAUGACGAUUGUACAGGCCACUGUAGAGGUCAUAAAGAUAAAUGUUUUAAAGGUGAUUCAGAUGAAGGGGGUGCUGCAGGAGGAGGGGGUGGAGGAAUGGACCAAGCAGGACCAAGUGGAUCGUGAUAUUAGUUACCCAGUCUUCAAUAUAAUUGUACAUGUGAUAUAUUAGUAUUGGGAAAAACUAGAUAAACAUUAUUUUUUAACACUGACCACAAAGUUUUUAAAGAGUUGAAACAGAAGUUCUACAAACAAAUCACUUGUUUUCAUGGAAAGAAUAACUUGUUGUUUACUGGUGUAAUAUGUUCGCUGUUUGCUUUUAAUGUAAGAUUAGAACACUUUCUUGAA